AUGAUCAAACAAGGGUUUAUCUCUGAUCCUCCUCUCUCUUUCUCUCCUUCAAGAACCGCGUCUCUCUCCAAACCCCCCAUAUCCUCUCCUCCUCCAUCGCCGAACGAUUCCACUCGGUCGCGUCGCUCAAACCCGACCCUUCUCGACAUGAUCUCCGACGAGCACAACCGCGAGACCAGAAGAUACCAAGACGAGCCUCGGAGGAAAUACCACGCCCGCGUGGCCAAGAUCCUGGCGGAUUUCAAGAACGGCGUGGGAGCUGGCGACGCGAAGCUGACUCUUGUUGGCAGAGACGGGCACAGAGCGACCAUGGAUGUGCACAAGAAGGUUCUAUCAGAGAAGAGCAAGUUUUUCAUGGAGAAGAUGAAGUCUCGAAGAGAGAAUGGCGUCUCUCAGCCUCACAUUGUGGAGUGUGAUGAUGUUGAGACGUAUGUGGAGACUGUGGUGUUGAUGUACUGCGAUGAUCUCAAGAACAAGCUGAUUGGUGAAAAUGUCUUCAAAGUCUUGGCUUUGCUUAAGGUUUCUUCAGCUAUAGAGUUUGAGGAGGGGAUAAAGUCAUGCCUGGAGUACUUAGAGGCGGCUCCAUGGUCAGAAGAGGAGGAACAAACCGUUGUGUCUUGUAUUGAAAAGCUUGAUCUUGCUGGUUCAACCGCCAAUUCGGUUCUGGAGAGAGUAUCAGUAUCAUCCACUUCCAAAAAAGUCACAUCCCACCUGAAUGAUCCUGGUGAUUUGGUUGGAGAGAUCUCUAGAGAAGCUGGUAACUUGCUUUGGAUAGUCGAUAUACUAAUCGAGAAGAAGAUCUGCGACGAGUUUGUGCAGCUAUGGGGAGAGCAGAAGGAGCUAGCGAAUCUCCAUUCCAAGAUUCCUGCAAAGUACAGACACGAGAUAAGCAAGAUCACUGCACGGAUCUGCGUUGGAAUUGGUAAAGGAAAGAUCUUGGUGAAGAGGGAAGCUCGGUUUACGGUUCUCAAGACAUGGUUGGAGGCCAUGUACGAUGAUUUUGGUUGGAUGAGAAGGUCUUCUUCGAGAUCAAUGGAGUGGAAAGUGGUGGAGGAUGGACUCAGCCAGAUGAUACUGACAUUGUCGUUGAGUCAGCAACAGGUGGUUCUGAUGAAGUGGUUUGAUCGGUUCAUGAGCAAAGGAGAUGAAUGUCCAAACGUUGAAAGAGCUUUUGAGGUUUGGUGGAGAAGAGCUUUCGUUAGACAGGUCAUUGUUGAGCCAAGUGAAUAG